GCUUUACGGCGUCGCGCGGAGGUCGUUGCCGCGGCGAAGGACCGGCUCGGGGCCCGGCGGCGCCAUGGAGGGCGGCAGCAACUCCAAGGGCAGCGGCCUCGGCGGCCUCUUCGGCGCCGGCGGCAUGGGCUACUCGCACGCCGACCUGUCCGGGGUGCCGCUAACUGGAAUGAGCCCUUUGUCCCCGUAUUUAAACUUGGACCCCAGAUAUCUAGUACAGGAUACAGAUGAGUUUAUCUUGCCCACAGGAGCUAACAAAACUCGAGGCAGGUUUGAGCUGGCGUUUUUUACCAUUGGAGGAUGUUGUAUGACAGGGGCAGCAUUUGGUGCACUGAAUGGUUUGCGACUUGGCUUGAAGGAGACACAGAAUAUGGCAUGGUCAAAACCUAGAAAUGUACAGAUUCUAAAUAUGGUGACAAGACAAGGAGCAUUAUGGGCUAACACUCUGGGAUCUCUGGCUCUACUUUACAGUGCAUUUGGAGUCAUCAUUGAAAAAACAAGAGGUGCAGAAGAUGACCUGAACACCGUAGCUGCUGGAACCCUGACAGGAAUGCUAUACAAAAGCACUGGUGGCUUGCGUGGGAUAGCUCGUGGUGGUAUCGCAGGCCUGACGCUGACCGGCCUCUACGCUCUGUAUAACAACUGGGAGCACAUGAAGGGCUCUGUGGCCCGGCAGUCCCUCUGAGCAGAGGGCAGCCAGCACCGGCAGAGGACACACUUGCUUAGUCACCAAUCAAAUCAGUCGUGAGACCUGUCUGGUGCCUCUUCCUUUUUUAUUUGCCAUUAGUCUGAAACUGAAGGAAUCUAUGCUGGGAGGAACCUCUUGACACCACAUAGCUGGACUGGCCCUUUCCUUCCUGCCAGCCAGUCACUGAACAGGCAACAAUAUUUGUUGGACCUGCAAGCGAGCCAAGUGGCUACCAAGAUAGAAUCUCCCUGACAUGCUCACCAGCUAGUUCUGAGCCAGAGCUGCAAGGCAUGCUCAAAUCACAUAGCUGUACCUGCUGUCUGCCAAGCCUGUUUGGCUGCAUGCACUACAGGAGGAGUGCUGUGCAGCAAAGCCAGCGUCUGCAGAGCUAGGUAGGCACUGCAGGCUUUCCACACACAUCACCUGGGCAGCAGAAGCCUUAAGGGGCAGCUGGCACAGGGCAGGGCAUGUUGUUCUGGCAGCACAGGGUAAGCUGUAAAAAGGGACAUCCUAAAUAAAAGAUGUGGUACUUGUG